AUGAACAACCGCGCAACGUCUUCGCGACUAAACAACUAUCACACACCAAAGCGCCAGCUUCUCGGACAUACCGGCCCAGCACCAGCUUGGCGCAAUGAUCCUAAACCGGGUGCGUCGGGCUCGGCUGCGCGCGCAGACGCGGGUAGCAAGAUUCUGGUCACGAACUUGCCAUACGAUGUGGGCUACGACGAGCUCAAGCAUCUAUUUGAGAAAACUGUUGGGCCGUUGAGAGAUCUCUAUGUCAUAUACAACAGUCAGGGGCGGUCGAAGGGGCAUGCGGUCGUAUACUUUGCACGGGGUGGCGACGCGAGUUUGGCACGGCAGAAGUACAAUGGGAAAAUGAUUGACGGACGAUUGAAGUUGAAGGUGGAAAUUGUCAUUGACGGCGACGCGCCUGGGAACCAGGUUGCACCAGCGCCACAACAACCUGCACUACUCGCGCGUCUGGCGCCUGGUCCCUCGACGCCUUCAGCGCCCGCCGCAAUGAUCAAAGCUGCUAAGGCUCUACAGGCGAAACAACCACCGACCGCGCCAGCCGCAGCAAAGAAACCUGUACAGCCAGUACAAAUACCCGUGGGCGGCAGGAGACGCAUCAAGAAGGGCGCAAAACGCGCAGCGAAGCUGAAGCGGCCGCCAGUCGACCAUGCUAUGCUCGACCAGGAGAUGGACGAUUAUCGCGCGGGCGCUUCUGAGGUGUAG